AUGGUGUGCUUCUACGUAUUGGCUGUUCUUCCUGGCUUAAUCACUGCUGCUAUCGCAAACCAAUGUCCAUCUGUUGGUAAUCUAAGGUUUUUCGAGUUGAAAAUCACUGAAUUUCCUGAAAUUCUGGUGGACUCGAAAUGUCACGAUAAGCAGUACAGAAAUUUGGCCAAGAAGGUUUUGAGAGAGUAUACAGCACGAGGACAACUGCGCGAGGGAGCACUGAUGAAAAUUGCAAAAGCUUAUAAAACAUCAGACACAAGGAAAGAAGCUCUUGAACAUCUCCAGCAACAGUUGAACGAAGCGAAGUUUGAGGUAAAUAAGUCCUUUCAGUUUUGA